AUGGCCAUCACCGACCGCGGCCUGAAGAUCACCUGCGAGGAGACGUCGCGCUCGGUGCAGGCCUCCGCCUUCUUUGACCGCAACCUCUUCAAGCGCUACCAGCUGCCGGACGACCGGACGCUGUGCUUCGAGUUUCGCAUGGCCGACCUGCUCACCGCGCUGAACAUUCUCUUUCCGGAGCAGCACAAGUCGGACGAUCCGCUCUUCGACAACAGCAAGGUGCAGCUGGCGCUGAAGUACCCGGUGGUGAAGGACGGCGGCUGCGAGCAGCUGAAGCUGCAGGUGCUGGGCGACCACAACGAGGCGGCCGCCUGCGUCAACACCUACAACCCGGACCGGCUGGUGGUCUUCAACAUGUCCUUCGUCAACAAGAUCAUCAUCGACGCGGAGCCGCUGAUUGACUUCUGGCGGUGUGCGGACAGCACCUCCUCCCACCUGACGCUGGGCAUCAGCAAUGACAUUGAGGUGGCCUUCGAGAUGGCCACCAAGAGCGACCGGGGCGCCUUCCUCAACCGCAUCAGCCCCGAGUCGGGCUACGUGGAGCACUACGAGUGCACGGUGCCGAUGAAGAACCAGUACCUGAUGGAGCACAUGAAGAGCACCCUGCGGCCGCUCAUUCUCGCCUCGAAGGUGUCCAUACGGACUGAUCCACAGGGGCUGCUCAACCUGCAGUUUCUCAUUCGCCUGGACGGCAAU